UCCACCCGACACUCUCAAAAACGACCUUGUUCCCCAUUUCCCCCGCUGCCAAGAGACCAUGGCGACCCUUCAUUUCACUCCGUCUCCUUCAAUCGCCCUCCCACAACCCAGAAGCCACCACAACCACCGUCUCCUCCGCCUGAACCGGCGGCCGCCUCCCAGUUCCCGCAGCCACUCUCUAACCAUCAUCACCCACUCCUACAAAGUGGUAAUUGAACAUCAGGGUGAAACCACGGAGCUGGAGGUGGAGCCCGACGAGACAAUUCUGUCCAAGGCAUUGGACUCUGGCCUGUCGGUGCCACACGACUGCAAGCUUGGAGUUUGCAUGACUUGCCCUGCGAAGCUGUUGAGCGGCACGGUUGAUCAGAGUGAAGGCAUGCUGAGUGAUGAUGUUGUCGAAAAUGGCUAUGCUUUGCUUUGUGCGGCUUAUCCACUUUCGGACUGUCGCAUUAGGACUAUACCCGAGGAGGAGCUACUGUCAUUGCAGCUUGCAACUGCCAACGACUAGGACUUGUGUCUAGUUGAUGUUCUUGUACAAGUUUUGGAUAUGAUAAUGAGAUGUUUGCUUAUAGAUUGUGGAUGUUGAUUC